GAAGUGGAGUGCGGGGCUCCCAGGCUCGCUGUCAGUCUCCGUGGCUUGGAGCAGGCGUGGUCGCGGGAUUCCUCCAAGCAGCAGGGACGGCUCUGGGUUCCUCAGGCUCCGCCGUCAGGAGGACACCAUGGACGACAGGGAGUUAAUUGAAUACUUUAAGUCUCAGAUGAAAGAAGAUCCUGACAUGGCCUCAGCCGUGGCUGCCAUACAGACUUUGCUGGAGUUCUUGAAGCGAGAUAAAGGGGAGACGAUCCAGGGCCUGAGAGCGAACCUCACCAGAGCCAUCGAGACCCUGUGUGGCGUGGACUCCUCGGUGGCCGUGUCCUCGGGCGGGGAGCUCUUCCUGCGCUUCAUCAGCCUCACCUCCCUGGAGCACUCUGAUUUCUCCAAAUGUAAAGAGGUCAUGAUUGAGCGGGGAGAGCUUUUUCUCAGGAGAAUAUCACUGUCAAGAAGUAAGAUUGCGGAUCUGUGCCACACUUUCAUCAAAGACGGGGCGACAAUACUCACCCACGCCUGCUCCCGAGUGGUGCUGAGGGUCCUGGCAGCGGCUGUGGCGGCCAAGAAGCGCUUCAGUGUGUACGUCACGGAGUCCCAGCCUGACCUCUCCGGGCAAAAAAUGGCCAAAGCCCUCUGCCAGCUCAAUGUCCCUGUCACCGUGGUCCUGGAUGCCGCUGUUGGCUAUGUCAUGGAGAGAGUGGAUCUUGUCAUAGUCGGUGCUGAAGGAGUUGUUGAAAAUGGCGGCAUCAUCAACAAGAUUGGAACCAACCAGAUGGCCGUCUGCGCCAAAGCACAGAACAAGCCGUUUUACGUGGUUGCGGAAAGUUUCAAGUUUGUGCGGCUCUUCCCACUAAACCAGCAAGACGUCCCGGAUAAGUUUAAGUACAAGGCAGCUACUCUGCUGUCGGCGCAGAAGGGGCAGGAUCUCCGAGAGGAACACCCGUGGGUCGACUACACCUCCCCCUCCUUAAUCACACUGCUGUUCACGGACCUGGGCGUGCUGACGCCCUCCGCCGUCAGCGACGAGCUCAUCAAGCUGUACCUGUAGCCAGGGACCCUCUGCGCAGGCGGAAGAUGCAGCAGAGCAGGGGGAGGGGCCUCCUGACCCUGUGAGCCAAGCCAAGAUGAGAUUAUUUACUUAAUGAAGAUUUGUGGACUAAGGACUUAAAAUCGAAGUUUUGGUGAACUUUGUUUCCAUUUCAAUCUCAUUUACACAUGUUCAUGGUUCCCCAAAAACUCAACCUAACUUGUA